AUGGGUGGACCACAAUAUGAUAGAAAUUUUGGUGGUUAUCGCGUAUUUUGUGGUGAUCUUGGAAGUCGUACAAAUAAAUUUGAAUUAGAAAAAGAAUUCGAUUCCUUUGGUCCACUUGUUGAUUGCUGGGUAGCACGCAAUCCACCUGGUUUUGCUUUCAUUGUUUAUAAACAUGCUGAAGAUGCUGAACGUGCCGUUGAAGAACUUGACGGACGAACUAUUUGUGGUCGUCGAGUACGUGUAGAACAUGCUCGACCAACAGGAAAUAAGAAAGGUGCAUCAUUUGGUCGUGGAUAUUUACGCCAACGAUCACCAGGAUAUCGCGUUGUUGCUGCCUCUGUUCAUCCAUGA